AUGGAGCGUCAAGAAGGAAGAGAACAGCCUUAUUCAAUUAUCCAUCAUUUGCAAGACACUAAUCCCAGUCCGGAGUUGUGCCCGUUGACUGAAGAAUUCUCUGCUAGCAAAGAUAUGAACUUCAGACCUCAAGCAGCUCGAGUACCUUACAACGACAAUAUGCUGUUGCGUAUGGAACAAUUUGCCAGAAACGCAUACAACCCUAAUGAGACGCUCAACAAAUAUCAUCUGCCCUUGUCAACUUUGCCUCCUGAGUUUCAUUUACAAUCAUCUUCAAGAUUUUCAGGGAAGCAUUCGCAUCCACAAGUCUCUAUUCCAUUUGGGGACUUAGGUGAUCUACCAAUAGAGAAGGCUAGCACUCAGCAAGUUCAUUGGUCAUAUGCUGCAGAUGCAUACGAAAUUUCAAACCCAAUGAGGUCACUGGGGAUUCAAGGCAAUCCAAAUCUUGCAAGUGGAUCAAGUGGCUUUAAUCUCGAUGGUGGAAGUUCUUACUCUAGUUAUCCUCUUAUGUCACGACAAAAGCGCCCCGAGGAAGAAGCAGUUGGUGAAUGGCAGCAGCGCCGAGCACUGCAAUCUUCAGCAGCAGAGGUGACGGUCGUACUGACAGUGUAG